AUGAAGGUCUCGUUGUUAGCAACAUGUGCGCUGCGUCUCAUCGGCGCAGCCGCCGCACCUGGCAUCCAGCAGCGAGACGGAGGGUUCUCUGACGGGCAACCCAUCAGUCCGGAUGGCAAAGGAGGUCCCUUUUCAGGUGGCACGAACCAUGAGCUCGAUCUGCAGAACCCAAACAACCUUGGCCAGCAAUCGACCGAUAACGGGGUAGUUCCCAACCUCAAAUGGAGCUUCUCAGACUCGAGGACGCGCAUCUUGAAGGGCGGCUGGGUACGCGAGCAAGUCAUCACUGACUUGCCCGCCAGCCACGACGUUGCCGGUGCCCAGAUGCAUCUAAAGAAAGGGGCAAUCCGUGAGCUGCACUGGCAUCGAGUGGCUGAAUGGGGCAUUGUCUAUGCCGGCCGUAUCAUCAUGUCGGCCGUUGAUGAGAAGGGCAACUACGAAGUCGCCGAGCUAGGUUACGGCGACGUUUGGUAUUUCCCCAAGGGAGUUGCACAUACAGUGCAGGGGCUUGAUGAGGAAAACGAGUUUCUCCUAAUCUUCGACGACGGCGACUUUGACAAGAUCGGUACCACUUUCAACGUCGACGACUGGAUCGCUCACACUCCCCGCUCAGUCCUCGCAAAGAACUUUGGCGUUGAUGAAUCUGUCUUCGACUCUCUGCCUGCAUCCGAUCCGUACAUUAUCAACGGCACCGUCAGCACGCAUAACGUCACUGGAUAUAUCCCAGCUCUUACGGAAACCAGUUCCUUUGUUUACCGCACGCUGCAGCAUCCACCCGAGAAGAUUGGCGGAACUGGUGGCCAGGUACACAAGAUAGACUCAACCAAUUUCCCGGUGAGCAAGACGAUUGCGGCAACGUUUGUGACGCUGAAGCCUGGUGGCCUGAGGGAGCUACACUGGCAUCCAAACGCCGAAGAGUGGCUCUACUUCCACAAAGGCACCGCCCAAGCAAGUGUCUUUAUCGGCAGCGCCGCCGCCCGAACUUUCAAUUUCCGAGCCGGCGACACAGCCGUCUUUCCCGACAACUCGGGUCACUAUAUCGAGAACACGUCCGAGACGGAGGACCUCGUCUGGGUGGAGAUCUACAAGUCGGAUCGCGUCGUAGACAUUCCCUUGACGCAGUGGCUAGCCCUGACGCCACCAGAUAUUGUUGCGCAGACGCUCAAGGUGCCGCUGGAGUUUGUGGAGAAGUUGAAGAAGGAGAAGCAGGUGCUGAUUGAGUAG